AUGGCAUACCGUAUCCAGUUCGAUUCCAUUACCAACAGCCCUCGUUCAUGCGAUGCAGAAGUAUUUAUAGCUGUAAAAGCGCUGCCCGGUGGUCGACUGUACGCGCUUGUUGAGGGAUUAUCAGCAUGCGAACGACUUCAGUGUGAUACAACUGUUGGAUAUGGGGGUUCUCCGGAUGAAACUGGUGAAACAACGCUGGACGCUCUACUCAUGGAUGGGCAUGGGAUGCGUAUUGGGGCCGUGGCCAACUUGCAUCGUAUCAAAGAUGCGGCUCGGGUUGCUUGGGCAGUGAUGAACUAUACGAAGCACUCUAUGCUGGUCGGAGAAGCAGCAACGAACUUUGCCAAACAAAUGGGAUUCAGAGAAGAAGAUCUAACGACGGACGUCUCCCGUCAAAUGAUCGCGCAGUGGAGAAGUAAUCGUUGUCAACCAAACUUCUGGCAGGCAGGUAACGUUUGGCCGGAUCCAUCCACUUCAUGUGGCCCUUACCGUCCUGCAAAUAUUGUACAAAGAAGGAAUUACAACCGAUACACACGGGUACCACGAACAAUAGACAGGUUCCACCAUGAUACACUCGGAAUGGUGGUGGUCGAUUCAUCAGGGAAUGUUAGUGCUGGCACCUCAACCAACGGAGCCCGUUAUAAGUUAUGCGCUAUCCCGGGCAGAAUUGGAGAUUCACCAAUUCCGGGUGCUGGUGCGUAUGCAAUAGAAGGUGUGGGAGGCGCUGCUGCCACCGGAGACGGUGACAUUCUUCUUCGAUUUUUACCCAGUUUCUUUAUCGUGGAACAGAUGCGUCAAGGAACGAAACCCUUCAAAGCAUCACAUAAAGCCAUCCGCCGGAUACUUCAAUACUAUCCUCAUUUCCAAGGAGCGGUCGUAGCAGCUAAUGCAGCUGGCACGUAUGGAGCUGCAUGUGCUAACUUGGGCAAAUUCAUGUAUUCAGUUGGAGAAGGUGGAAUAACGAGAACUGAGACCAUCGCGUGCUUGUCGGACAAAUCAACUGGAGAGCCGAAAAUUCCUCGUGGGAAGCCACGACGCAGUUGA